AGGGCCUCGAUGGUUGUGCAUGUGGCCUUGGUGUCUGAUCCCACAUCCUAACAUGCCGCAUUCCCACUACUUAUAAAUAGCACUUAUUCAUUUUAUCUACUCGAGAUGCCUUUCCGCCCCGCAUUCGACUUUGUAUAGUUGUCUUUCACCAUGCCACCCGACAGAAUAAUCACGGAUCCAAUCAUAUCGACAGAGAACAUAGCGUUCUCCCCGUCGCGCUCACCACGGUCGGUCGACCACUACCCAGCGUCAGUACUGGAGCGCGCCGCAGUCCCAACGGAACGCGACCCAUUGAUUGGGACUACGCCGAAAGUCAAGAAACCAUUCUAUCGUGCCCGCCCAUUAUGGCUGGUACCAUUUGCACUAACCGCAUCUCUUACUCGCGGCAUGACGCUGGCGUCCCGUGUAGAAGUCUUCACACAAUUAUCAUGCCACAGUCUACACGAUCACUAUAAUCACACCCGCGUGGUACCGAGCUACAUUCCGGACAAUCCAAGCCAUUACGUGGUCGAUCCCAUACUAGCAGAACCUCAUUUAAUUUCCGUCCACUUAGCAUCACCUAUCCAUACUUCAGGCAAAAUCCAGGACAAAGGCGAUGUCGAUGACGAUCCCCGCGUGAUACCAGGUAAAAAGUGUGUUUCAGAUCCCGCCGCCCAGGCAGGUGCUGCACGCUUGCAGACCAUUAUGACCACAACGAUGGGUGCCCUCUCUGCUCUUACAACAGGCUGGUGGGGCCAGUUUGGGGAAAGGCACGGCCGCACACGCGUCCUCGCUAUUUCCACCCUCGGACUCUUCCUUACAGACCUCACAUUUAUUCUUGUAUCAACACCUCACAGCCCCCUAGCUGUUCACUCGCAUAAGCUACUCAUCCUUGCACCUAUCAUCGAGGGCUCUCUUGGAGGAUGGUCGACCUUAACCGGUGCUAAUACGGCCUACAUCGCUGAUUGCACAUCUCCUGGUUCACGUGCGACUAUUUUCGCCCGUUUCACUGGCGUCCUUUCUAUCGGACUUGCUCUCGGGCCCAUAAUCGGUGCAUGGCUGAUCAGGAAUCCGAUACCUUUCCUGAGUGCUGGAAGUAUCGACCACCCACUAAAAAGUGUCACAUCUGUUUUCUGGGUGGCGAUAGCUUGUUCUUUCGUGAACUUGAUUUUAGUACUCUUUGUGUUCCCCGAAUCGCUUCCCGCUUCUCGCCGUGCAUCAAAUAGGAAGGGUAAAGGUCGAGCUGUUGAGAGUGGUGCAGAGUUCCCUAACAAUAAGGCCGACGAGCCCUCCGACACAUGGGUCGCAACUCGCAUCAUCCGAAGCUUUCUAUCACCCCUCGCCGUCUUCCUCCCCUCGCAUGUUCCUGUAGCUUCCAGCUCCACUGGAGACUCACUCGUGUCCUCUCGUACACGGAAAGACUGGGGUUUGACGUUCAUUGGCAUGUCGCUCUUCUCGCACAUGCUGGCGUCAGGGAUCUUCCAGCUGAAGUACCUAUAUGCUGAGCAUAUCUACGACUGGGCAGCUGAACAGCUAAGCUACUAUAUCUCCUUCAUGGGGGCCUGUCGUGCUUCAAACUUGCUCAUCCUCCUGCCAUUCCUUCUUUUGAAGUUCAAGCCGGUCCGGCCCGCUGUUUCCGCUACAGAUGCACCAGCGGAUCCCACGGCGCCUGCAUCAAAGCCAAAGCCCACAAAGUCUCACCUGUUCAAUGAAAUGCGAUUUGAUCUCCGUGUUGUGCGAUGGUCCAUGUUUGUGGACUUCCUUUCGCAUGCGCUUGUUGUCAUUGUGCCCCUGCCCUCCCGCGGUGCAAGUGAUGCAUGGUGGUCGCAGUUCAUGUUUGUUGGCGCAACAUCACUCUCGUGCAUGGGUGCGGGUGUAAUGCCAGCCAUGCAAAGCCUCGCAUUAUGCACCCUCCAGGGUCGUGCGCUUGCUACUAAGGAAGUUGCUGUUCGUACAGGCGAGGCUCAGGAGCAUGAUGAUGUUGAGUUGGAACCUGGGAAGCUCUUUGGCGCUCUCGCUGUCCUGCAGGCCAUCGGCCAGACUAUCCUCGGGCCCAUGCUCUUUGGUGUCAUCUACAGCAGCACUGUAGCCUCCUUCCCGAAGGCUAUUUUUGCAAUGGCCAGUGGCCUGGUACUGCUAUCAAUCGCGUUCACUAUCCCUCGUCAGGCCAGAUGUCAGUCUUUCCGUGAAACGCAAGAAGGUCAAGGCCAAAGGCAAAACCGCCGUUCGCCCGUAUGCCGUGAAGCCAAAACGUAGGUAUCAGGAGCAGAACCGCGGUCGGUCGCGUGUGAGUAAGGAUCUCAGGGGCGGCGCUGCGCGAGCAGACUAUGAUGGUUCGAGGUUUGAUGACGCUAGUGAGGCCAGUGGUUCUG